CAUCGAUGGAAUAUUUACAAUGGAUUAUUUCUGCGAAAAGUCAAAACGGCACUUCUGCAUUGAAUGCUGAUCGUCUAGUCGUGAAUAAAGUUGGCAAAUGGCAGAAAAGCAGUGGAAUACCGUGCAAAUGGGAGCUAUUGAGCCGCAUCAACGCCUGCAGAAGCUGAUUGCGGACAGUCAGCGCGUCUCAAUUGAUCCGACGAUGCCUAUAAAUCGCUACUAUCGCUCGGGGAAUCAAAUAGUGGAAACGGCCGAUAGAUCUCUGAGAGAGGGAAACUUUGAAAAGGCUUUCACCUUCUAUUUGCGCUUUGUAACGAUCUUCGUGGAACUUAUUCUGGACCAUCCCGGUUACAAAUCUGUGCUGCCGGGCGAUAAACAGCAAACAAAGGACAAAAUCAAGAAAAUUCUUCCGCGGGCUGAAGAAAUCAGAAAAAAACUGUUGGCAAAAUACACGACCGAGUACGAGAUUUACUUGAAACAGAUCAAGCUGCAAGCAGAGCGCGAUGAGCAGGAUCGCAAACAAGCGUCGACCUCGAACCCGGUGGAGCCAGCCACUGUAUCACCCGCUGCCCCAGCAGCCCCGACACCUAGCGCACCAAGCCAAGUGUCAUUGAUAAGCGACGAGGAUGCAAAACUCAUGGAUAAAGUUAUGUACCCGAGCGAUUUCCUGUCGGAUAGAAAUCAUGCGAGUGGACUGCCCGGCACCGGACUGUUGCUACCUGGUGCGGACAAACGGUUCGAUCGCUCGCUGAAACCGCAACCGGUGCCACCGAUGGUCCCUGCCAUGACCGGGUUUCGUUCGAUUGUCGUGCCUACUAACACGAUGAUGAAAUUUCUGGAGCAAGCUGCACAAAACACCACAGCAAAUUUGGAAACGUGUGCAAUUUUGGCCGGAAGCUUAGCGCAGGCCAAGUUCACUAUCACGCAUGUGAUAUUUCCGAAACAGUGUGGCACGGCGGACAGCUGUAAUACGAUGAAUGAGGAGGAAAUUGCCGUUGUACAAGAUCGACACAACCUUAUUACGCUAGGGUGGAUUCAUACGCACCCAUCGCAGACGGCAUUUCUUUCGUCGGUAGACCUACAUACUCACUGUUCUUACCAGCUUAUGCUGGAAGAGGCCAUUGCGAUUGUCUGCUCGCCAAAGUAUCAAGAAACUGGAUUUUUUAAUCUCACCCCGUUCGGAAUGGACUCAAUCUCUCAGUGCCGUCAGACCGGCUUUCAUCCGCAUUCUUCAGGUCAACCAUUAUUUUCGGAAGCCCAGCACAUCGUACUGAGCGAUGCGGUGGCCGUUAAAGUGAUUGAUCUGCGAUAAUUAAACGGAUACGUCUGUAUCUUGUACAUAGUCACAAUGAAUGUGAUGUAUAACGAUAAACCAUUGUGAACUUUGGUGUCUAACCAGUGUGAAGUGGUACCGGGAUAUGCAAUCGAUUGUCUUCAACUCCCGGUCAGAUUGUAUAUAUACGUAUAUUAUAUUUACGCACGCACAUUGUCUGAAGCAACAACACUUUAAAUUAACCGAUUUCCAAUCAACGCCUACAGCCGGAUUGUUGCUGUACUUUUCGUUUGCUUUGCUACCCGUAUCGAAACGUAAUCGUGGCGUCAAACUUUAACGGCUUGAACUUCGGAAAGACAGACCAACAUUGUCAUAAGAUAUUCAGAGUCGAAAUGCACUUAGUAUGCCGAUUAUCGAGUGCUCAUUCGAUAGUGUUUGUUUGCCGGUGGCCGGGCGAAUAAGACAGCUGCAAAAAGUUGUUUGUACCCUUCAACGUUUCAAUGCAUACUGAGCUGUUGUUAGCCCAAAAACAAAAAAAAACAAUCAAGCAACACUGUGUGCCUAGUCGUUUUGAGUAUCCGUUUACCGAAAAAUAAUUAGAAACCUUAUAGUUAAAGAGUAUUUAUAUGUGUCCAACAGCAGAAGCGCUAGGAAAAUCGAUAUUACGCUAUGUCAUGAAAUAAAGUUUAAAAUAUUGUCCAACGACAGAAACAAUUUUUCACAUUGUUACAGAAUAGCUCUCAUUUGAGAAACAUAUGUUGCAUUCAAUGAAUCAUUACAUCUCGUGGCUCGUGACAAAGCGCAAAGAAACGAUAAGCCGUUUUGGUAUUAAAUGGUUUUUCCUUUGUAAUGAUUGGACGGCACUAAGGUUAUUAUUACUUUUGUAAUCGUUUUACUAAUCAAUAAAAUGUUGUCUAAUCCAGAUCCUUUCUGCA